UAAUACUAGUUUGUUUUGUUUUUCAGGCUUUAGAAAGGAUGCGUCCUUACCUGUGUGAUAAAAUCAUAGCUGAGAGACACUUUGAUUACCUACGUUCAAAGAAAAUACUCACUAGAGAGGACACAGAAGAAAUUUCUUCUCGAUCUUCCAGUAGGAAAAAAACUGGGAAAUUAUUGGACUACUUAGCAGAAAACCCAAAGGGACUAGAUGCUUUGAUUGAAUCUAUCAGACGAGAAAGAACACAAAACUUCCUGUUACAAAAGAUAACUGAUGUAGUGUUGAAAGUCAAAAAUGAAAAACUUGAAGCUCUCAAAGGUCUAAGCUGCAGCACCUGUAUGACCUCACUGUAUGGAGGAACAAACAAUCUUUCUAGAUCAUAUUCUGAUGAAUCCAAUUUUUUUGAUAAAACAAAAGACAAAGAAUCUACCCAGAUACAUCAUCCAGAAGAAGAUUACAGCACUGCCGCAUUUGUGUCUGCUGUCUCUCUUCAUUCAAUGAAUUUGCCAAUUGCGGAGAUGGGAAAUGCAGAGAGUGCUGUUUUCUCAGCCUCCCUUCCAGGGCCUGGAGACCCCGGUGCACCCCCCCUCCCCCCAGAGCUCCAGUCAGAGCAGCAAGAACCGUGUACUAGUUCAAGUGACAAUUGCUUUUUGCCUUUAAGAUCACGUUCUCUUCAACCACAGUGAACGUAGUGACUUUUGUCUUUUCAUCCAAACGGUACUGAAACUUUGUGUGAUGUCUUAUAAAGGUUAAAAAAUGUUUUCAAAUUGUGAACUAGCAAAAUCAGAGGAAACAAUCUAUGCUAUUUACAGUUUUUUAAGGAGUAAGUUUUUUUGUAAUUGGGUGACUCUGGAGCUGCUUGAUUUUAUGUUCUUUAGGGAGCUUUUUUCCAAAGAUCAUGGUAUUACAUCAGCAAAGGUUUGUUUUUUAAACCAAUAUAUUUAAGAUUUCACAUUUAUUUGUAGAUAUUGAAGCUGCCAUUAUAGAACAAAUGGGGUUUUUCUUCCUACAGAAACUAACAGAUCUGUUUUUCUUAAUGUUUCUGUGACAGGUGAAUUGGGAAAGAUGGCUAGGAAAAGUAUUGGAAAAUAACUUUCUGGACUAAAAGCUUAGGCUUACUUACCAAAAAGCUUAAACUCCUUUACCGAAUUAAAUGUUUCCCUGUAGGAUAAUUUCUGCCCUCUAUGUACGUGUGUGCGGCUCCAUUUGCAAAAAAACCCAAGCAACCCAACCCCAAAUCUGUAGCUGUGCUUAUUUGCAAGAAGUCUCUUAAUUGUAUGAACUUUGUUCUCUGUCCUACCCGUAAAUCAAAAGGCACUCGGUAUCGCAGUGAUUUGAGUUAGCAACUAUACUUCCACAAGUCUUAGCAUAUUAUUCUUGUAUAUUAGAGAUUUCUGAUUUGAGAUGCACUUUAAAUAUAAAUUCUCAUUAAUACUGGAAAAGGAAUGUAAACUGCUGUAACAGCAUCAUGUGGGCUGUAAGAAAAUGUUAUUGUAUAAUGCUAUUAAGGAGCAAAGCUUGUAUGUUUUGUCCCAGUAGGUAAGUAGAGGAGGAGUCCUAUAGGAAGAAAGUAUCCAUACCUGAAGGACUCUUGGAAAUGUUGCACUUCAGAUACCUACUCUUCAAAGCAGAUAGACAGGUUUACAUUUCAAAUUGUUUGGAGUCAAAUGCAUUUUAAACUAUUUCGACAUGGGAAGGUUCUCAUUGCUUGACACAAUGUAAUAUGCUGUAUUCCUCUCGUACUCUAUUCUUGAGUUGUAAUUUACUUUUUAUGAAGUUGGCCUAUGAUCACUUUAAAAUUAGUAGGCAAAGACAAACUCUUACCUGGAAACGUGUACAGUUGUGUUCUGCAGUACUACAUCACUUUAAAGUGAUGGGAUGUUUUCAGUAUAUCAAAGGGUAGGUUUGUAUUUAAGGCUUUAAAUUAUUUUGGCUCUCAUACAGUGCUAUAGCCAUGUAAUUCCAUUCAAAUUCAAAGCCAGGUAAUAUUCCUAAACUGUGUUCUCCUUUUGUGGAGACAGACCAUCUGCAGGACCUCAAUAUAGUAUCUAAUUUUUUUUUUAUGUUUACUCUGGUUUUGGAAGUAGGUUAAAAUAAACUGCAAUGUACAACUACACUCCAUAUAUAGUAUAUGAAUAGCUUACAUUUGACAAAGAUGUGGGCUUCCGUUUACUGUUCAUAAUAAUCCUUGUUUUUCUUGUAUAUGUGUAAGGUCAUAGGCUGUCAGGACGGUGAAAAUGCUUUUCAAUAAAACUGCUUGGUUCAGAAGGCACUCUGGAAGUUAAGUGCCUAAAUCUGCAAGCAAAAUUUUGCUUUCUAACAUGAAAUUAAGGGUAGGCUUAAAUCCCUCUCUUCCAUUAACUGGAACUGUAGUUGCACAUACUCAGGAUGUCUAAAAAUUGAUGUGUCUAAAUACCCACUGCAACCACUUAAAAGAGCUGUGCUUAGGUUUGGGUCCCUUCUUGGAGUCUUGUAGCUGGAUGAGAGUGAGCAGGCUUGGCCUUAACUGAAAAAGAGCAUCAGCUCAGGGUGAAGACUGCCUUGCAGAUCUAAAUCUGAACCUGGGACGCAUGCUGCCUGCUGCAGCACGCGGCGCAGCCUGCAGGAAGCCUGCCUGUGCAGGGAUCACUCCUGCAGUGGAGCCUGUGAACC